AUGCCUUUAUGUGGAAGUUCAAAAAAGCCAAUUCAACGUAAAAUUGUUAUUUUAGGUGAUGGUGCUGCAGGUAAGACUUCAUUAUUAAAUGUUUUCACAAGAGGUUAUUUCCCACAAGUUUAUGAACCAACAGUUUUUGAAAAUUAUGUUCAUGAUAUAUUUGUUGAUGGUAAACCAAUUAAAUUAUCAUUAUGGGAUACUGCUGGUCAAGAAGAAUUUGAUCGUUUAAGAUCUUUAAGUUAUUCAGAUACACAUACCAUAAUGUUAUGUUUUUCAAUUGAUUCAAAAGAUUCUUUAGAAAAUGUACAGAAUAAAUGGGUUGGAGAAAUUACUGAUCAUUGUGAAGGUGUUAAAUUAGUUUUAGUUGCAUUAAAAUGUGAUUUAAGAAAUGAUGAUGGUGAUGAUGAUGAAGGUGAAGUUUCAAGAAGAUCAAAUUUAAUAACUUAUGAAGAAGGUUUAGAAAUGGCAAAAAAAAUUGGUGCAUUAAGGUAUUUAGAAUGUAGUGCUAAAAAAAAUAGAGGUGUUAAUGAAGCAUUUACUGAAGCUGCUAGAUGUGCUUUAACUGCUAAACCAAAAGGUGCAAAUGAUGAUGAAGAUCAAGAAGGUGGAUCUUGUACAAUUAUGUGA